GAGUUUAGGUCGAUAGAAUGUAAUUUAAGCUUUUGAAGUUAUAAAUCCGAGUAGUUCUCUUGUCCAUGUCUCACGAUCAGGUCGUUUGUAGCAGGUGAUUCGCAUAUUGAAACUGGAACACAGCCGAUGUCAUCUUGUCACCAUACAGGAACUGUGAAACAUUUGUUUAAACACUAGCUGUGUUUUCGUUUGACAUUUUCCCAAGACAUACGUAGUUGAAUGUUUACAUUUUGCUGUAAACUACAUUAUUUAGUGACAGCACGUGGAUGAUUACAGGUGAACAGUUUCAGCCAGGUAAACUCACUGAUCGUUGUAAAUUCAGUUGUUAAGUCACAACUGGUUUUAGCAGCAUGAGCAGUAACGGAGAGUUGAGUCCACAGGAUCUGUCGCCGUCCGGUGGAGGGGGAAGCAUGGACAUGAACAUUGACAAUGGUAAACUUAUCAGCAAUAAUGACCAUGUGAAAAGACCAAUGAACGCUUUCAUGGUGUGGUCAAGAGGCCAAAGAAGAAAAAUGGCACAGGAAAAUCCAAAAAUGCACAAUUCUGAAAUUAGCAAACGAUUAGGAGCGGAGUGGAAACUUUUAUCCGAGGAGGACAAACGGCCCUUUAUUGAUGAAGCCAAGAGAUUAAGGGCAUUACACAUGAAAGAACACCCCGAGUACAAAUAUAGGCCCAGGAGGAAGCCGAAAUCCCUUCUAAAAAAGGACAAAUAUGCUUUCCCUAUUCCAAUGUUAGGGGGAUUCGGACCAACCCUCGGAGCAAUGCCCCCGGGUUUCGGACACAUGGCAAGUCAAGCUGAGGGGAUGAUGGGGAGCGCGGCUUCUUUUAGUUUGAGUGAGAAAAUGAGAGCGUUUUUACCACCCACAUCAACACACGGAUUCUACCCACAUCUAGAUAGUGCUGGGAAAUUGGACAGUUCUUCACUAGGAGCACUUCGAUCUCAAGAAUUGUCAAGUAUGUAUGGUUCACCGUAUCUUCCUCCUCACUCCUCGGCUUCGGCCCUGAGUGGACUACCCCCGGCCGCUCAUUCCCACCCGGGACAGUAUUUGGUGCCCUGUUGCCCCCCAGGUUACCUCCCUUCGCAGGAUGUGCAUAGACCGGUUGCUUAUGUAUUAGUGAAACCAGAAGACCAUUACCGACACCCUGCUGUGAUGUAAACACCUCUGGACAUCCGGAGCGCGCGGGAAAAUGUAAUUACUACUGGUCACUUACUGGUCAUCGUGGUCCCGGCCCGGACCCUCGGACGUUUGACGGACAAUCACGUGAUAUGCUGAACAGUACAUAAGAGGUAACAACUUAAAUCCUGCAAAUAAGUUACUACUAGCACUGUUCUGUAAAUGUUUGUUCGAAAACUCGUCACGCGCCCGUACAAAUGCACGUGCAGCGGAAACUUAUUUAGUGAUCACGUGACUUUAUUUUCCAAUGGCAGUCCGAGAACAGACCAUGUUUGCAGGGAUACGUUCGAAUGGUCGGACAAUAUCAACAUUCCGGUCAAGUACGGACAACUGGACAUGCCGUAAGUAAUGCUGGACUUUACUUGUGUAUGGUGCUAAUACAGGCUCCGGCGUUGAUAUGGGCUAGUUUCAGCAGCAUAAAGGUUGCCCAUCGUGUUCAAAGACCCAUCCGAACUCGAUAGCAUACACUUCAGCACAUGAAAUGUUCCUUUGUUGUAAACAAAGUGGAGACUGCUCUAUUCAAUUUAAUGUGUUCAGUCAUCAAUAUCGGUCAGAUGAUAUUGACUUUGAUAUUAAAUCAAUAUUUACUUUGAUCAGAAAUUAAGUAGACUUGGUCUAUUUACUGGUGAAUGAUCUCCUUUGAACGGUUUACUUGUAUUAUGUCUUGUUAUUUAUUUUUCACUAUGCUCUUGUUAUAAAAGUACUUAUUUUAGAACAAAAUGUGAUGAAAUUUUCGAUAUUGUUUAUCAUAUUUAAUAGUGCUAAUUGAUUACUUAGGUUGUUUGCAAACUGUUAACCUUUCUUUAAAUUUCCAGUUGAAAUCAAUUACAUUCUGUUUUGUAUUUUUUUAUCCAUUGAAGAUAAUUACUUCCCGUUAUUUUCUGAUUUGAAAAUUGAUAUACCUUGUAAGGUAUCCAUGUUGAGGAGCUAUAUAUAUCUGGUUUGAAAUAAUCAUGUUUUUAGAAAUCACAAUAACAAAAGUAAGGACAAAUUCCAUAUUUUGUAACAGGAGACAAAAAGAUGGAAAUCUCCCCAUAUUGUAGACAAACUUCCGCACGAAAUGAUUUAUAAAAAGUAUGUUUGUAUUUAUGACAGUUAGCUGUGAUGACAUAAGGUGCGUAUUUAUUUUGAAAGGAAGGAGGAAAAUGUAAAUGUAUUGAUGAACUUUUUAAAUGAAAUUUUAUUCAAACUAAAUCUAAAAGGUUAUAUUUUAAAUAAAUAAUUCAUGUCGCGUUUUGACUGAGAGCAGCAAGAUUCUUUAGCAGUUUAGUUUUCAGAUUAUGAAAGGAAGACAAUUUUUUUUAUUUGUAAUAUUUUGUUUAAAACGCAUAAUACAUGUAUUUGAAUACAUGAAUACGCAAUACACAACGAAACACUAUUCCUUUUAUUUUUUUUCAAACUUGGUUUUAGAAAUGGUUGAAUUCUACGUAAAAUAAUAGAUGAGAUUAAUAAUAAAUGUUUCUCAGUGUAUAUCCUAACACGCAUUGCAUUAUUCAAACAUCACGUGAAAAUAUUCGGUUGUUGAAGCAGAACGAUUUCAUUUCAAAUAUUUAGCAUAUCAUGUUCGAAAAGAUUCAUUGCAAUUUUUAUCAGUCAUUUUUUAUACUUGGUUAUCGUCAAGUAAUUUGAGAAUAUGAUUUUCAUGUAUUUUAAAUGGAGCGGGCAGACCUGAAAACAGUAAUAAAACUAUUGAACGUAUUUCCGAGUUCAUAUCUAAGGGAAGUGACGGUAACAGACAGCUUGUUGAUUUCACUACCACGGCAGUGGGAAAUGAUAGGUAUCAAUUUCUGUCACAGAUUUCAAACAGAUAAGACGCCCUUUCUAUUGUUAUCAAAAUCACUGGCUCGAAGGGGUCAAAAAAUAUUUGUUUCCAAAUAUACCCCCGGGAAAACUACUUUGUCCGGGAUUAUAGUUUCGCCCUGACAAGGGGCCUUCAUGUUAAAUCUGAUAUGUAAGAUUAUUAUCUUUGUUAAGUGAACAUUUUAUUGUUAAAGGGAUAUUUUUUGUUGGAUGAUUUAUUGAUUAAACACUUAUGUCAUGUUACAAUGUGAAAUACUGUCAUGUUUUCUCAGUACUCAAACGAAAUAGAGCUAGGCAAUUUCCAUACAUAAUUUUCUACUUAUAAUGAAGAAAACUGUUCAUUACUCAUAAAGGCAUUCAAUUUGGCGUGAAAAAUAUUCAUCGUUACACCCUUUUUGAAAACAAUUAACAGCCAACACAAUUUAUCGUUUGGUUAUUGUGAAACAAAUGAAAGGAUCAAUUUCAAAUAACUAGUUUGAACAUUUUCAGUGAGGCACUUGUUAAACUGAGCCCAGAAAUAUGUAUAUGUGUACUGGAUAUUUUAAGAACCAAUCCUGAAACUGAAAACGAAAUAUGAAAUGUCUCUUUCAUACUUAAUUCAAAUGAAAUGCUUGACAAAAUUAAAAUUAAUGUACAAGUCUUACUGAAAAAUCAUUGAAACGUUUCACAAUAGCAGAACUAUAUAUUCCUGUUAUGGGAGCGACAUUACGUUUGGUGCAAUACACAUACAUUUUAUUAUUUCUCAAUGCUUUGAUAUUUGAUUUGACAGAAGACAAGUUUAUUUACUAUUUGUUUAAAUCAAUUAUGUGUGAGAGUAUUUGUUGAACAACACAUUUUGUUUGUUUUUUUUGUUUUCCGAUAGUCAGGGUUUUUUCAACAGAAACUCCUCUGAGUUAAACGAGGGUUAACGAUGUUACCAGCAGCUGAAGCUGGACCUUACGCUAUCCUGUCUUUGUAUGUCGUUAACGUAUGUUCCCAUGUAGUUUGUACGUUACAAAAUUGUUUCUACGUUUCUUUUCAAUUACGUUUUAAGCGAUUUUACAUCCCUUUUCAUUUUGAUAAUGAAAAUAUAUGGUUAUCAUCGUAAUAAAAUUGAAAAACUUUCA